AUGGACACCGUGUUCCUCAAUGCAAUGCAACCCGGCGAUCGAUUCAUUGUCGACGGAACCGUUUCUACGAGCCCGGAACGUAAGGCAGUUUAUUCGAAAGAUUCAGUGAGUCCGAGUUCAGAGUUCGCUUCAACUUGGCUAUUAUCAACGUCACCAACGACAUUGCAAUCCAUUUCCGAAAUGAUAUCAACACGAGGCCCACCACCAUUUACGACGCGUUCAUCAACGGAAGAUGGACGGGUCAGGAGUUCGCUCCGCAGCCGUUCCGGGCUGGACAGCCCUAUAACCUCGCUUUCGUGUAAGUGUGCUCAUCGAUUUUACUCUCCCCAAUAUUCGUGACUUCCAGAUACACUGGCCUCACGUUCGAUCUGUUCUUCAACCAGAGUCCCAUCUACUCGUUCCGUCUCAGAACUCCCAGUUGGUACCCGAUCGGCGUGGCCCACGUGUCCGGCAGCCACACGACCAAUUAUAUCGAGCUGCAGUGCAAGAACCCGCCGACGACCACAACACUGCCACCGAAGGGAGAUCAUGGACAUGGACAUGGACAUGGACAUGGACAUGGACAUGGGCAUGGAAAUGGACAUGGACACGGACACUCUUCCUCUACCUCUUCAAGCAGCAACAGUGAGGAAUGUAAAGAUUGA